GAAAAAACUCCUGUCCAAUUGUGCCUGAGCUGGGUGUGACCCUUUAAAGAAUGUCAAACAAAGACAGGGAGAGGUAGCAAGGGAGAGAGUCUGCCUACUGAAUGGAGGGACUGUCACGCCUGUUGGUUUCCCACAGUCAACAUUACAUCAACAGCUCUAGUGAGGACAGGACCUACUUUACCUGGUUUCCCUACUGAGGGUGAGGACAGGACCUACCUUACCUGGUUUCCCUACUGAGGGUGAGGACAGGACCUACCUGGUUUCCCUACUGAGGGUGAGGACAGGACCUACAUUACCUGGUUUCCCUACUGAGGGUGAGGACAGGACCUACAUUACCUGGUUUCCCUACUGAGGGUGAGGACAGGACCUACCUUACCUGGUUUCCCUACUGAGGGUGAGGACAGGACCUACCUUACCUGGUUUCCCUACUGAGGGUGAGGACAGGACCUACCUUACCUGGUUUCCCUACUGAGGGUGAGGACAGGACCUACCUUACCUGGUUUCCCUACUGAGGGUGAGGACAGGACCUACAUUACCUGGUUUCCCUACUGAGGGUGAGGACAGGACCUACAUUACCUGGUUUGCAUAUUGAGGUUAACGGAGGAGCGGGUUUCAACUCGAGUCUGUCCGAAGCAACCGGUGGGAGUUGUAUGAGUGAGGUUGACGUGGAAUCGUCUCUUCAGGAUGAUUGACACCCUAUACGAGUGGAUCUGGUGGGACCGCUUCUGGCUGCCAGUCAACCUGACCUGGGCGGACCUAGAGGACCGAGAUGGGCGUGUCUACGCCAAAGCGUCUGACCUCUAUGUGACGUUGCCUUGCGCCAUAGCCUUCCUACUGGUCAGAUACCUGUUCGAAAGGUUGAUAGCCACGCCUCUAGCAGCCUCAGUGGGGAUCCGGGAGAAGGCCAGACUGAGAGUAGCAGACAACCCCAUCCUCGAACUCUACUAUCUCUCUCACUCCAGAAACCCUGGCCAGGCUGGUUUAGAUGGUCUCUCUAAGAAGAGCGGCUGGUGCGUUAGGCAGGUGGAGCGCUGGUUCAGAAAGAGAAGAAACCAGGAUCGUCCCGGAGUACUGAAGAAGUUCAGAGAGGCGAGUUGGAGGUUUGUGUUCUAUCUGUUGGCGUUAAUUGGAGGAGUUGUGUCCCUGUAUGAUAAAGAAUGGUUUUAUGAUACGCGGGAAGUGUGGAAUGGAUUUCCAAAACAGACCAUGCUGGAUUCUCAGUACUGGUACUACAUCCUGGAGAUGAGCUUCUAUGGUUCUCUUCUCUUCAGAGUCACCUUUGAUGUCAAGAGGAAGGACUUUAAGGAACAGAUCAUCCACCAUUUGGCCACCCUGACACUGCUGUCCUUCUCUUGGUGUGUCAACUACAUCCGUAUAGGAACCCUGGUGAUGCUCAUCCACGAUGCCUCCGACGUCCUGCUAGAGUCUGCCAAGUUGUUUAACUACGCCAAAUGGGAGACAACCUGCAACAGUCUCUUUGUGGUGUUUGCCAUUGUGUUCAUGGUAACCAGACUGAUCAUCUUCCCAUUCUGGCUGAUCCACUGUACGUGGGUAUACCCCACACUCCAGUACCCCCCGUUCUUUGGUUACUACUUCUUCAACGUCAUGCUGGUGGUCCUCCUGUUCCUGCACAUCUUCUGGGCCUACCUCAUCCUGCGCAUGGUCAACAAGUUCCUCUUUGGCAAAAUGACCAGAGAUGAAAGAAGUGAUGUUGAGGAGGAUGGUGAAGAAAGCAGUCUGACUGAAGAGGAAAAAGAGAAGGGCAGUUAUUGUUACACCAACGGCAACGGUUCUGGACUGGGCACAAAGGAGGGCAACAACGGCUGCUUCAGACACUUAUCUCUCUCGGAGAACGUCUGUCCAUCAAAAACCGUCUACUGACCAAGCUCGCGUCAUGAUUGGCGGAGCCCUUGCACCAGAGGAAGGGAGUGGUGGGAUCAAGGUCAUAGGAGAAGCUGGAACAACACAAAACAGAUUCCAUCCCAUAUGGAAAAACAACAGCAAGCAGACAAACAUUUAGAUUAAGAUUUAUGACUCUAGAAAUUGGAGUGUAGCCUGGCAAAAAAUGAAUACAUCACACACAGAAAGAGACCGUUUUUCUUGGCCUGUAGUUUCUUCUACGUCCAAACUCCUCUCAUCUUCAAGGAAAACAAUGUUGACGAUGGCACAGUUUCACAUGGAACCCUCCUCAGACAGCAAUGAGACAAAGACCAGAAAACCAAAACCAAAAAACACUAAAACCCUUGUGUUUUUGUUCAUCGUCAUAUUUAAUCUGUUCAGUAUUGUUGCAGAAAGGUGGUGCGCAAGCACACCGUAAAACGGUGCCACACGGACGCUCCGCCUGAGCCCUUCAUCCAUCAAGGCCUGGCAAGGGUUUAUAGUUUAUGGGCUGUGUUCAUUCACUAGCGGCCGACAUGUUUUACUUCAACCUCUGCUGGCUAUGGGGGUUUGUUAUGGACAACCAGGAGAUGAAUGAGAGGCAAUAUCACAAUGGACUCCUCCAGAUGAUAUUGACAUGUGUGUUUUGGAGAGGGGUGGGGGGUGGGGUGGGGGGGGGGGUAGGUUUGUGUCUCUACAAGUCCUUCUCAUCCCUCUCUCCUUCUCAUUCUCCUAUUCCCUUACAAAACCUUUAAGCAUUCCACUUCUACUUUUCCCACCAUGAUUCAUGUUGUAGGGAGUUUGUGUCUGUCUGUACCUGUCAGAGAGGAUGAAAGAGUGAGGUUUAUGGUCUUUCUUUCUUUCUUUCUUUCUUUCUUUCUUUCUUUCUUUCUUUCUUUCUUUUCAUCUCUUGCCACAAGCAUUUUUAUUGAAUACGAUCAACACUUUUUAGUACUUUAUGUACAUUUCUUCAGAUUUUUUAAGAACAACAUGCCAAUAUUUGGCUAAUUGAUUGACCCAUACAGUAACUAUGGUCUGUAUUUUACAAGUGCAUUUAUUUGAUGUAGUAUUUAAUCAUAUGAUUGUAUGAGAACGUGUGAGCCAGAGGAAAAAUCCUAUGUCGUUCAGAAUGCUGAAGAAACAUUUACGUAACAAUGAAACAAUGUUACUGUUUUAAUGAAGCACUGUAAAACGGGUUUCUAAAAGGUGAAGAUUGGGAUGUUAUAGUGAACAUCCCACUGUAACUAGAGCUCGAAAGAAAGGCAUUUCACUGUACUUGUGCACGUGACCUUGAAACUAUAACUGUCUAUUGUCGUGUGUUUUAUGUACUGCAAUAAACCUGUCUUCGACCAGCA